AGUGGUUCUUGGUGUUUAAAACUCCUGUCUACGUUAAAACAGCGGAAGGUUUUGGUUGCGUGCUGUCCCUAAAGUUGCUAAAUGUGCCAUGAAGAGUAUGGGCGCUCAUAUUAAAUGGUGCCAUAUUUGCCAGACACCUGGCAACGUGCAGCAGUUGGAGGAGCUGGAGGAGCUCUUACCCCCUGGAUAUAACCAUCUGCUGUGUGUGAAGGAGGAUGAGUUUCGAGCCCAUUUAAAAGUGCAGCUCUCCACUAAAGAGGAGGUGGAGAAAUGGCUCGAGGAGUUUCAGAAUUCCUCCACUUUAACAUGGAGGAAGGCCAGAACGUAUCCGGAGUCAGCGCGGUACAACGUGUAUAGAGUUGAUCUCAGAUGUCAACAUAAAACCUACUCAUCUGGCAAAAACUCGAGAAACACCAACUGCCCUGCCACACUCUUCCUUGUCCUCAAAAGAAGCAUGGAGGACAGGAGGUCAAGGUCGACAGAUCGCCACAUGGCGGAGGGUUACCUCCUGUAUGUCAACCUGAGGAACGAGCACAACCACAGCCUCGCUGGCGCCGACGCCCUCAGGAAGAGGGAUGUGUCUGCCAUCACCAUUGAAAGGCUGACUGAGCUCUUUGAGAAAGGUCAUUCUCCGUCCUCUGCUCUCGAUACCAUCAAAUACGACCUGCAGGAGGAAGAGGGAGAAGAUUAUUUCUAUGCAGCAGCAGACCGGGCCGUCUGCCCAGACCUCCAGUUCUGCUACAGGCUAUACUACAAAAUAUUCCAGAAAUCAUAUGGUGCCCCUUCUGGAGAGAAGCUGGUGGUAGAGCUGCGAGAGCGCCUCGCCAGGUACAACGAGGAGCAGGGCUGCGUCUGUGCUCAGAUAGAACAGACCAGCGACGGCCAGCAGCUUGUGGCCAUUUGCACCCCUGUGAUGCAGCGGGUCCACACAAGGGUGCAGCAGAGUGGAGAGAUGGUCUUUGUGGAUUCCUCGGGGAAUUGCAACAGGAAAACCCCCCGCCUUUUACUGUUUGUAAGCCCCUCUGCUGCAGGGGGACUGCCUCUCGGCGUGCUGAUCACCACAUCAGAGAGUGCUGCCACUCUAAGCGCUGGGAUGGCCCUGCUGAAACGCCUCCUCCCUCCUGCUGCUUUCUUUGGCCGCGGAGACCACGGUCCACAGGCAUUCAUGACCGGGGACUGUUCAGCUCUGCGACAGGCGCUUGCCACGGUCUACCCUGGAGCCAGCCUCAUGUUGUGCACCUUCCAUCUGCUCCAGGCGAUGUGGAGAUGGCUGUGGAACAGCCAUAAUGGCAUAAAAGAAGAAGAACGCCCACAGCUGCUAAAUGGAUUCCGAGGUCUUGUGUAUGCCAGAACAGCAGAAGAGCUGUCUGCAGCCUACGCCGCGCUGUGUGCUGAUCCCCUGGCAUCAAAACACAAGAACUUUAUGAAAAGCUUGCUGGAGGUGUAUGGGAGGCGGCAGGAGUGGGCACUGUGCUUGCAUGGCAACAACACCAACAACUAUGUUGAAAGUGCUGUGAGGAUUGUCAAAGACAAGGUCCUUCACAGGUUGAAGUCCCACAACCUGACCCAGCUGGUGGACUUCAUCACCACGCGCUUGGAGGCAUACUACAUCCGCCGCCUCACUGAUUACGCCAACAACCGGCUGAUUAACCUCUCAGCCCCCAAGUGUGAUGAUGUGGACUGCCAGAAAAUUGUCCAGGAGGAUGAAGUCAACUUUCUGGUGCCCAGUGCAUCAGCGGGUGGCUGGUACCACGUCAAUACAGGACUGAGCUGCUGCACCUGCCCUGUUGGCAAGACGGGCGCACCCUGCAAGCACCAGGGUGCCGUGGUGCAAACGUUUGGUGGGAGUGAGACCCCCCCACUAACAAGCACACCUCCUCUCAGGAAGCUCUGCUAUGAAAUAGCUUCAGGAGGGACCGCUCCAGAUGACUGGUUUGUUCCUGUGGAGCCAAAGUCAGUGUUGGGGACCGAGUCUUUGGAGAAGGAGCUGGACGGCAUUUUUGGGAUCCUCAAAAAGAAACUACAGGAGGACACAACCUUCCAGGCACCUCUUCAGUCAUUUGUAGACAACUUUAAAAAAAUGAAAUCGGACAGUGCUGUCCAGUCAGCUUUGUUCUCCUUCGGAAAGACCAGCUGUGUGCCUACCAGGGUCCACGCCACACCAAGGGCAGUUCUGCAGACGAACACUGAGGUUGGUGUGUGUUUGGGGGGGAGAAGAGCUCUCGGAGCUGACAGACCUCCAAAGAGCUCCAGGAGAGACCACCCCUACACAAAGGGAGGAGGAGACAAAGCUGAGCCACACAGCCUGUCUCACUGUGUGCAGGAGAACACCUCCCUGGGGAAAACCCACUAGUUACAGUACACACACACACACACACACACACACACACACACACACACACACACACACACACACACACACAC